AGUGACUGACUACUCAUUUUUAGGAUGUUGACACAUGUGGACCUACAGUGACAUCCUCCUCCAGCAAGGCCGUCUCUUCGCUCCCUCCUGCGCUCAGAAGCCUCUGGAGGGACUUAUUUUGCAGAAGGGAACUUCAAUGCAUUUGCUUACUGUUAUUUAAGGAGCCUUCACUAGACGCUUUUGGAUCGCGCUUCUGAGCGGACAAAAGAUUUUGCCUUCAAAAUGCUCAUCAAGGAAUAUCGCAUUCCUCUUCCGAUGAGCGUGGAGGAGUAUCGCAUUGCCCAGCUCUACAUGAUACAGAAAAAGAGCAGAGAGGAGACAUGUGGGGAAGGCAGUGGAGUGGAGAUCCUGGAGAACAGACCCUACAUGGACGGCCCGGGAGGCAACGGGCAGUACACUCACAAAGUUUACCACAUUGGUAUGCACAUCCCCAGCUGGUUUCGCUCCAUAUUGCCCAAGGCAGCGCUGCGAGUUGAAGAGGAAUCUUGGAACGCGUAUCCUUAUACGAGGACAAGGUAUACGUGUCCUUUUGUGGAGAAGUUCUCUAUUGAUAUCGAGACSUACUACAAAACUGACCCAGGAGAGCACGUCAACGUGUUCAAUCUUUCUCCUGCRGAGAAAAGACAGACCAUUCUCGAUCCUAUCGAUAUUGUUAAAGAUCCUAUCCCUCCACAUGAAUACAAAGCUGAGGAGGAUCCAAAACUGUAUAAAUCAGUGAAGACUAAAAGAGGCCCCCUCUCAGAAGACUGGAUUGAAGAAUACAAGAACAACCCUGGGAAAUACCCAAUCAUGUGUGCAUAUAAACUUUGUAAAGUCGAGUUCAGAUACUGGGGGAUGCAGUCCAAAAUCGAGCGGUUUAUCCAUGAUGUUGGCUUGCGGAAGGUGAUGGUCCGGGCCCAUCGGCAGGCCUGGUGCUGGCAGGACGAGUGGUACGGGCUCACCAUUGAGGACAUCCGGCAGCUGGAGAAGGAGGCGCAGCUCAUGCUGGCUCAGAAGAUGGCCCAGUUCUGCAGCGACAACGACGGCGAGCAGCACGGAGCCAAAGAGGCCGCUGGCCAGAAGGAUGUUGAAGCGGACKCCGCUUCGCCUGGUGACACAGAGGAUGUCGCCAGUAGCAGCGAAACGGCCUCCGGGCGGUCRCUCACCAAGCAGUGGUCCACCUCUUCCAAGUCCUCUCGAUCUUCCAAGAGGGGAGCAAGCCCCUCACGCCAUAGCAUCUCCGAGUGGAGGAUGCAGAGCAUUGCCAGGGACUCGGAUGACAGCUCGGACGAUGAAUUCUUCGAUGCACAUGAGGACUUGUCUGACAAUGAGGAAAUGUUCCCGAAAGAAAUAACCAAAUGGAGUUCCAAUGAUCUGAUGGAUAAAAUUGAAACCCCUGAAUGCGAUGAUGUCCAGGGCGACCUGUAUCGCGAGCCRUCAGCGGAGUACCACGUGGCCUCCAGCGUGGAGCGCCUCAGCAUYAUUGAGGAUGAAUCAGUGCAGCCGUUAAUGCAGCCAAGUAAAAUCCAUGUCCUCCUCCUGGUCCUGCAUGGAGGCAACAUCCUGGACUCAGGAAGUGGUGACCAGAGCUCUAAACAAGGGGAUGUCAACACCAUCACGACCGUGUUUGACACRGUGAUGAGGGUACAUUACCCAGCUGCUCUUGGACACAUCGCCAUCAAGCUAGUCCCUUGCCCAGCCAUCUGCUCUGAAGCCUUUUCGCUGGUGUCCAGCCUCAGCCCAUACAGCUACGACGAGGGCUGCCUGUCCAACAGCCAGGACCACAUCCCGCUCGCCGCGCUCCCCUUGCUAGCAACYUCCUCCCCGCAGUACCAGGAGGCCGUGGCCACCGUCAUCGUCAGAGCCAACCAGGCCUACAGCGAGUUCAUCCGCUCCCCGGAGGGCACCUCCUUCAGCGGCCAGGUUUGCUUGGUAGGGGACUGUGUCGGAGGCAUUCUGGGAUUUGAUGCCUUGUGCUACAGCAAUCAGACCGUGUCCGAGAGCCAGGACAGCAGCCGGCGAGGAAGCGUGGUGAGCGUCCAGGAUACCGAUCUCCUGUCUCCUGGAAUAACAGUGAACAAUAGCUAUUGUUCCAGUGGCUCUAAUCUGGAAGGCAGCAGACACCUCAGCAGAAGCAACAUUGAUAUUCCUCGUAGCAACGGAGAAGAUCCAAAGAAGCAGCUGCCACGCAAGAGGAGUGAUUCAUCAACCUACGAGCUGGACACAAUAAAGCAGCAUCAGGCCUUUCUUUCAAGUUUACAUUCUAGCGUUCUCAGGAACGACCCRGGGUCCAGGCGAUCCAGCAGCUCCACGAUGUUGGAUGGAGGAAAUAUUGGGAAGUUUGAGUUUGAGAUCACGGACUUCUUCCUCUUUGGAUCUCCCCUGGGGCUGGUUCUUGCACUGCGAAAAACUGUCAUCCCAGCUCUUGACAUCUUUCAGCUGAGACCGGCCUGCCAGCAAGUCUAUAACCUCUUCCACCCCGCAGACCCUUCUGCCUCCCGCCUGGAGCCACUGCUGGAGAGGAAGUUCUACCUGUUGCCCCCCUUUAACGUUCCCCGCUACCAGAGGUUCCCGCUGGGUGAUGGCAAUUCGGCUGUGCUGGUUGAGACAAUCCAGAACAAUCCCAUCCUGCUCAUGGAAAGCAGCCCUUUGGGUGCUCUCCAGCACCAGGACAGCUUCAUGGAAACAAGUAUCCCUGUUCCCGUUCUGAAUUGGCAAGAUGUUUCCAAUAAAAGUGCUGGUUUUGCUGAGUCAGAUGUUGUUCAGUCUCAUGGUGCCGUCUUCAUGGAAAGCGCGUCCCUGUCCACCCCCAUGUCCGCCCCUCAGUUCAGGGGCUUCCGACGAGCCAGUGAGAUCAGCAUUGCCAGCCAGGUCUCAGGAAUGGCAGACAGUUACACUGCUUCCAACAUAGCCAACAAAACCAAAUACCACCUUAAUCAUUGCAGAGGCUUUAGCCUUCUGGCCCAACUUGCCCUCCCUCACAAAUCCCCUACCCAGACCUCGUCCAAGAGACGUAGGCAGUGUAAGCAUGAAAUCCCUCCAAGUCACUUAGGAGGAAAGCUCGAAGGGGCGCGGAGCCGGGACGCGGGCUGUGCUCUUCGGAUCCCCGACCUGGACAUCAAGCAAGUUGCUGCCAAGUGGUGGGGAACCAAGAGGAUCGACUACGCUCUCUACUGCCCCGACGCGCUCACGGCCUUUCCCACAGUGGCCCUGCCGCACCUCUUCCACGCCAGCUAUUGGGAGUCCACAGACGUCGUCUCCUUCCUGCUGAGACAGGUGAUGAGGCACGAGAACAGCAGCGUCCUGGAGCUGGACGGGAAGGAGGUGUCCGUCUUCACGCCCUCCAAGCCCCGGGAGAAGUGGCUGCGCAAGAGGACGCACGUGAAGCUGCGGAACGUCACGGCCAACCACAGGAUAAACGACACCAUCGCUAAUGAAGACGGGCCCCAGACCUUAACUGGGAGGUUUAUGUAUGGUCCAUUAGACAUGGUCACGCUCACGGGGGAAAAGGUGGACAUUCACAUCAUGACCCAGCCGCCGUCCGGAGAGUGGGUUUACUUUGACACYGAGAUCAGCAACAGCAGCGGCAGGAUCUCCUACGUCAUCCCGGAGAGCCGGCGUUUGGGCAUUGGCGUGUACCCUGUGAAGAUGGUGGUCAGGGGUGACCACACGUACGCCGACAGCUACAUCACGGUGCUGCCGAAGGGGACGGAGUUCGUGGUGUUCAGCAUCGACGGCUCCUUUGCAGCCAGCGUGUCCAUCAUGGGCAGCGACCCCAAGGUCCGCGCCGGAGCGGUCGACGUCGUAAGGCACUGGCAAGACCUCGGCUACCUCAUCAUCUACGUCACGGGCCGCCCCGACAUGCAGAAGCAGAGGGUGGUGGCGUGGUUAGCACAGCACAACUUCCCGCACGGGAUCGUCUCCUUCUGCGACGGGCUGGUGCACGACCCGCUGCGGCACAAGGCCAACUUCCUCAAAUCCCUCAUCACGGACCUCCACAUGAAGAUCCACGCGGCGUACGGCUCCACUAAGGACAUCUCCGUGUACAGCUCCAUCAGCCUCCCUCCCACGCACAUCUACAUCGUCGGCCGCCCCACCAAGAAGCUGCAGAGCCAGUGCCAGUUCAUCACGGAGGGCUACGCGGCCCACCUGGCGCAGCUGGAGUACAACCACCGCGCGCGGCCCGCCAAGAACACCACGCGCAUGGCGCUGCGCAAGGGCAGCUUCGGGCUGCCCAGCCAGGCCGAGUUCCUGCGCAAGAGGAACCACCUGCUGAGGACCAUCUCGUCGCAGCCGCCCGGCGCCGGCCACCGGCCCGAGCGCACGCAGAGCCAGUCGGACGGCGACAAGGAGCGGGACAGGGAGCGCAGCCAAAGGAGCAUGAGCAUCGCCACGGGGUGCUGGGGCCGGAGCGCGGCGUCCCGCCUGGACUCUGGCCUCCUGGGGCAGAAAUAGCCAGGCCAGAGGCAGCGACUGUUGGCUGCAGCCACCGGAGGAGAAAACAAAAAAAAAGGGAAGAGGGACGAGGCCGGCGUUACGCGCUGGAAGGGUAAAUAUGGUGCUACUCUAAUAACAUCGUGGUGUUGCAGGAGGAGACGGGGUGUUUCCCACGCGGAACGUGCAGGCCUGGCAGCGGGAGCGGCGCGAGCGUGCGGCAGGAGCCCCAGGAACAGCUGGAAACGAGGCGGGGGACAAGUCUCCCGGUUGAGGUCCCGCGCUCUCCUGCCUCCUCCUCUUAUCCAGGUUUAGCGACUGUAAAUACCGGUGCCUCCUCGCCUUGUUAGCCAUCGCUCCGUCCCGCGGGACCGGGCGCCGGCCCCGGCGCCGCAGCAGCGGGCUGAGCCUGGGGGAUCUUGUUCU